AUGAACCAAAAACAAGGCCGACGGAGGCGAUCCAGCAGUCUGAUCUACCAGGAGCCUGCUGAAUCAAUCGAGCGCACAAGUGACCAGGCAGCUUUGCCAAAUCUCAACGCAGACUGGGUGAACGCCAAGGGUGCCUGGACUAUUCACUUCGUCUGUAUCGCUGCCCUCAAGAUUUUCUACGACAUCAUCCCGGGCGUCUCGCAGGAGACCUCUUGGACCCUCACCAACAUCAGUUACAUGUUCGGAUCCUUCCUCAUGUUUCAUUGGGUGCGGGGCAUCCCAUUCGAAUUCAACGCCGGCGCCUACGAUAAUCUCAAUAUGUGGGAGCAAAUCGACAACGGUGACCAAUAUACGCCUGCCAAGAAGUUUCUGCUCAGCGUCCCGGUUGUGCUCUUCCUCCUUAGCACUCACUACACCCACUACGACAUGACCUACUUUACCAUCAACUUCCUCGCCACAUUGGGAGUGGUUAUUCCUAAGUUGCCAUUUUGGCAUCGGUUGCGGAUAGGUCUAUUCUCCGAGAUACCCGAGGAGUCAUAG